AUGGCGGUCGCUGAGGAAGAGUCGCCCCAACCAAGGCAACUACCCGAGUUUGAUGCUGCUUUUCGGGAUACGACAUCCGCCUGUUAUUUCCAUCACAUCAUCGAUGUUACCGAUGCUACCCUCCGCGUUGAAGUGCUUGGUCCAAACCUCGCCUACACUUUUCGACACGAGCGCGCAAAAGAGCUGCGUUUAGCCGCCUCCGUCAUCUCUAAGCGUCUGGAGGCCAAAGUGACGGGGUUCCUCGCCCUUCGGACUGGCAGAAACCAGAAGCGGGUUGUCUUGGCCUGGGCACAGAGCGGGCAUGGGAUCAGCCGUCUAGGCGACCUGCUCGAUCCCGAUCCCAGUGUGCUUCCCAACGACUUAUGGACGAAGAGGGCCAUCAACAUGGGCCGCGCUCUCUCUCUGCGCAUGAACCGACCCUAUGAUGGGAUCGUCACUCGAACUAUGGGUGUGCGAAUGGAUGGCGUAUUUCAGGGCAGCCACGUCGAAGUGAAGCUCGCGGUGCAUGCCAUUUGCAUCUUGCUGAGUAGCUUUGGCAUCACGCAAGACUUGGAUAACGUUUCGCCUGAGCACCUGAGGGCGCUACGACAUGCAGCUUGGGAUGACGGCUCGAAGCCUGCAUUCGAAAUAUACUUUUCUCGCAAGAACUGUUCUUUCUGCGGCAAGUUUAUGAGGAGGCUGCAGAAUGCCACGGGAAUCACCCUCAAACUUAUAUGGAGAGACCGGCUGGUGAAAAAAGUGUAUGAAAACAGGAGAAUGGACAGCAGUCGGGCAAAUCCUCCGCAGUCGCAAGAUGCCAUUCAACUCGACUCCGACACUGUCAUGACAGAUGACGUUCAUGUUAUUGAGACUAUCGAUCUCUCUAGCGACCACCCCGUCAAUUCCGAGGUUGUUAAUCUUACCGUCGACAGCAACACCAUCACCGACUCGCCUACGCCCGAACAAGGCCUCAACACACGCGCCCCGACGGACACAUAUAUCGAAGGCCUGGCAUAUUGUGUCGGCCAAAUUGACGAGUGCCCCGCAAGCGCCCGAGAUGCCAUCUUGACUCUUGCCGCUCAACAGCAGCAGCAGCGCAAGGCCACGAACCUCGAGAACAUCAACAAGCCUCUCCCCGCUACACCUCAGAUUGCGCCCCCGAGAUAUGCUGCGGCUGCUUCUGCAGAGCCAGAAGACGCACUGGCUAUGGAGACGAUAGAAGCUGCAAUCGAGACGAAUCCCCUGCUUACGCCACCACCUAGCGGAGGCAGACAACAACGCGCCCGUGCCAAUAGCAGCAGACCAAGAACUUCCCGAAACUACACUUGGACUCGCGAUGCUCGCUCACAAGCACCACCUGUACGAAAGGAACAAGUAACGCCGACUCGUCUUCCGAGCAACCACCGCGCCUCGGGCAAAGAUGUCGGAGGCGUGAGAAUCUUUACGGCUGCUCCCCAUCCUCAAGGUAGGAGGGGGUCGACUAUGUGGAUCGAGCUUCCUUCUCGCCGGUGCUCUGAGUCUCCCGAGCCUUUUUGA